AGGUGGGAAAGUGAAAGUCGAAGGAACUAAGCUUAAAUGGUUUUAAACGUUUCAAACGUGCUAUAGUUUGAUUUAUAACUUUGUUAAGUUUGGCUGGUAGAUGUUCCUUGUCACCUGUGGGGAUGUAAUACUGAGUAGCUAUCAAAUCACUUAACAUAUUGCAGGGAAAUGUGACUUUUAUGCUAUGGGAACUCCUUGGCAUGCUUUUCUCGGACAUGGUGCUAUGCUGCGUACGCUGUAUUUGCUUUUGCUUGGAACAUAAUACCCAUUAAUAUGGAAUCAGAAACUUCACAAAAACUCAUCCCAUUGAGUUCCUGUUUACUCUGUGCCUCAUCAACUAGGAGGUUACACUCCUUCACUCAAAAUAAGGCUAUGAAAGAAAGUUAUCGGGAAGUAGUUGAGAAAUUCUUAGGAGUUAAAAUUCAGAAACGCCCUCUGAUGACUGGUUUGAAGCUUUGUGAGGUCUGUUACAAGAAAUGCUCUGCUGCACUAGCAUUCCAGAAGGAUGCCUUAGUAACUUAUAAUCAACAGAUUCAGUCGAUGGAUUUUGCGAAAAGACUUUCCGAAACACCACCAUCUGCAUUGGAGGAAAACACUGUGGUAGAAAAUUUACUGAUUACUGAUACCGUUGAAAACACAUCUUCCAGCAAAGAUUCUCAAGAUUGUUUGAUGUCAGUCAAUGAUGAACCUGAAGAUGAACUUUUACCUUCUCAGUGCGUACCAGGACUUUUAUUUGAUCAUGGAUACACAAGAUCCAUAGGAGGAGUUGACAUCACCCAUGAUUCCUGUGAUUUUGGGGUGAUUAAGCUAGAUCAUGACUACUGUUUGAUCACUGAGGACUUAGAAACCAAAGACCAAGAUGAGCUUCAGAGAUCGAUAUCUGCAAUUAAUUCAUACACUUUAUCUAAUGAACUAAAGGAGCUUGACACACAACUGAAAAAACUGUGUCAACCAGGGGCCAGUGUGUUAUGGCAACGGAAUCCAGAAGUUCUGAGGAAUGAUAAUUGCUUUGCUAAAGCUGUAAUUGAAUUGAAGUGUAACUGUCCUCUUCUGUUACACGUGUUGGCGACUUGUCUAGGACAAUAUAUCUGUGAUAAGAACAAAGUUGUGAUGAUUGGCACCAUUUAUGGAAUAAUCCUGCAUGCUAGAAACAAGCAGAUUUCAGCAUUGCAGAGAAUCUACACAGCUCUUGCAAUACAUUAUAAAGCAGACAAUUAGAUGUUGUUUAAUAUUGUUGAUUUGAAUUUUAUUUUGCAUUCAGAUUGUUAUUUUUUUAAUUUUAUUCUUACAUGAUGUCAAAUAAGGUGUACAUUUGGUUUUAUAUUAUUAUAUAGAUGAUAUAAUAUAGCUAUGCAAAGUGCAUUUUAAAAUUUAUGUUCUUGACAAGAUUCCUUCUCUGAUAAUGCAGAAUAUCUUUAUCUCCAAGUGUAGAAUUUAAAUACAUGUAAUUUUCAUUAUAGAAACUAUAAUACAUGUACCCUUUAUUGAACACGUAAGAACCAGGGGUCCGUUUUACAAAAGGACUUACGACUUAAGACCAAGAUUUAUUCUUCAUAUAACUUUUUAAUUAACAUUUUAUCAAAAUAUUAUUUUAAACUUUUUAAAAGGAAUGUGGUAAGAUAUUUUUACACUAACAAAUUCCAUGAGAAUUAUUAAUUUUUCAAAAUUUUACAAUCAUCUGAAGUUUUUGGUCCUAGUCAUAAGUUCUUUUGUAAAACGGGCCCAAGGGCUCUAUUCACUGCCCACUAAAAAGUUUAAAUGUGGUGAUAUUUUCAUGCAGUUUACUGUGAUCUGCCCUCAGAUCAAUUAAUUUAUAUGUUGUAUAUAAAUAACAAAAAAUAGUUGGUGAGUGUUAUUGUUAGAUUUUAUAAAAACAGGGUUAUGAUUUUUAAUAAAAACAUUAAUUCUGCAUUAUUUUUUUGAUUUUUCAUAUGGAAUACAUUGUACAUUGUAAAUGUGUACAAGAUUUAUUCAUGAAAGGAGACAAAUAAAAAAUAUCCUUGAA